AUGCAUCUAGAUCAUGGUGCAUUGGCCGAGAACCCAAUUGUACUGAUCGCAUACGUCUUCAUCUACGAACUCUUCAUCGUCGUCUACGAACGUCAUCGUCUUCAACCGGACACUUCGCUUCACCUCGACAUUUUCGAUAUGUCCCAGAAAGAAUACAUUAGUGAGUAUUACAAUAGUUGCAGCAGUACAAUAGACGAGAUCCUAUUACAGGACGAACAAUCCAAAGUUGAACAAGACUUCGACAAUUACUGGGUAGAGAAAAGAGGAGAAGCUCUACUUCAAGAGGCAGAGUACAUUGGACGCCAACUCGAGAAAAGACUAGUAGAACUCGAGUGUCAAGAGGCAAUUAUGAAGCAAUACAUCGCAAAGACAACUGGGCAGAGAUCCUCAAUUCCAACAAGUCACCAAAUGAACUUCAACUCCGCUGGAACUCAAGCACACCUAGUGACUCCACCCGUUGCACCACCAUUAGGAUACAUGUUGGGAAGGCGUCUUCUAGGUAAUGAACUCAAAAUACCCCAAUUCAAUGAAUUUGGCCCCUUUUGGGAGCUAUUCGAAGAAUUGGUGCACAAACAACCAUAUUCCAAUAUAGAAAAACUCUCAAUACUGCUUAACAGCUGUAAAGGAGAUGCGGCGAGAGCACUCCAAAAGAUUCCACGACUUUAUCAUUCACAGGAGAGAUCAAACCUUAUACGAAACAACGUAAUGUCUGAAUCCGAACAAGCCAAACGUCCUGAAUUAAACGCCAUGACCGAGAGUGCAGUGGAGAAGACGAGUACACCCCAGCCUGACACAUCCGAUCAAGUUUCGACGAUCAACAAGAAGAUCACGCAGCUUCAAGUACGCACGCUCGACAUCGCCCCGAUAAAGGACAAAGUCGAAAAUCUGCAUGGAAUGAUGGUGAAGAUCAACGAUAGAUUGGACCGCCUCGAAGACUUGAUCGGGGACACCUACAACAGAUUGAGCAUGUCAUCGACGUGCAGAACGAUCAACAUACAGGCUAUAAUAGUCACAAUACGAAAUAAGGAAAAUUCAGAUUCAACCUAUAUAACAACAAUGGUAAUCGAAACAUUCCCUAGAAACAUUCGAGAAGAAACCGCGCGAAAAGAAUCUGACAAUGGUACAGAGUGGACUAUCAACGACCUUAUGGAUAACCUAACUAAUAUCAUCAAGCGCAAAGAUCACAUCAUCGGUGUGAGCAUCUACGUGAACAACACACUCUCUUCUACACAAGAACUAGAGAACCAACCCCAAUCCGUGGCGCUGGAUGUGGCCCCCCUCACAACUCUGACACUUGCAAAAAAUUUGAAAACAGAAAAUACUAUCUUAAAACUAUCAGCGCAUGCUGGAAAUACUUAA